UAGAAUUUUCCAGCACAAUCUGAACAUGUUCUGUCUCUAGCAUCUUCGUCACACAACAAACCCACCAACCAGUCUAAGCUCAUAACUCAACUUUCCUGCAAUAUCUUAUGAUUCCAUGGCACCCUUUUGCAGCAUGCAUCUUAUCCAAAUGCAGGCACAAAGUUAAACACAUUCUUCACUUCAACAAAAUCAUAAAAAACAACCAUUGACCAUACUAGCCUAUUGUUUAGUACUUGUGCUUGUGUAACUCAAAACUUUCAUCAUUUUCCUUUAUCUUCUUGUGUAUGAAACAUGGAGGGAGUUGUGGUGAAGGAGGAAGAAACAGUGACAGGUGGUGGUGGUGGUUCAUCAUCAUCAUCAUCUUCUUCUUUGAGCUUUACUCCACAACCAAUGGAAGGGUUGAACGAAGUGGGUACCCCACCCUUUUUGACAAAGAUCUAUGACAUGGUCGAAGAUCAUUCCACAGAUUCUGUUGUGUCAUGGAGCACUUCUUGCAAUAGCUUUGUUGUGUGGGAUUCUCACAAGUUUUCUACUAACAUUCUUCCUCGUUACUUCAAGCACAACAAUUUCUCCAGCUUCAUUCGCCAGCUCAACACCUAUGGCUUUAGGAAAGUUGAUCCUGAUAGAUGGGAGUUUGCAAAUGAAGGAUUUUUGGCAGGACAGAGGCACUUAUUGAAGGGCAUAAAGAGAAGAAGAAGAGUGUCACAGAGCAUGCAAGAAAGAGGAGUAGGAGGAGCAUGUGUUGAAGUGGGAGAGUUUGGACUAGAAGGUGAGUUGGAGAGGUUGAAAAGAGAUAGGAACAUUCUGAUGGCAGAAAUUGUGAGGUUGAGGCACCAACAGCUGAACUCAAGAGACCAAUUGAGUGCCAUGGAAACCAGAUUGCAAGCCACAGAGAAGAAACAGCAAAAGAUGACCAUAUUCCUUGCCAAAGCACUAAAAAAUCCAUCUUUCAUGCAACAAUUAGUCCACAAGACCCCCCAAAGUAGAGAAAUCUUGGAUGCUGAAAUCAAUGGGAAAAGGAGACUAAUUGCUGGCCAGAGUUUGGAGAACCUGCAACAAGAUGAUCCUGUAACAUUGAUGGACUAUUCAAAACAACAAGAUUUGGCAACUAUGGAGCCUGAGAUGAACACUUUUUUCUCACCAGCUUUUGAUAGUGAACUUGGUCAUGAAAUCAUAGAGUCUGCACUAGAUUCUGAUAUAACAGCUAGUCAGACUUAUUUUGGAGACACAAUAUUGGAGGACUUGCUCAUUGAAGACUUGGUCACUGGGGAUCCAAAGGAAGAAGUUAUCAUUGGUGAUUGUUCCCAGAUUGAUGUUCCAGUGGAGGAUUUGGUAGCAGACCCUGAUGAUUGGAAUCAUAUGGACCAUUCAGGAUCAAAACCAUAGGAAUGAAAAGAGUACUGUCAGCAUCAACUAGUCAUAUCUCUGUAAUUUCAUUCACACUGCAUCAUGGUGGUACAGUUUGGUAAUGUUGUGAACUAUUUCUGGUUUUGGUUUCAGUUUUGUGUGUUGUUUGAUGAUUGAUAUGAACUGGUUUUAUGCAGCAGGGAAGGUGGUAGUUGCAAAAGAAGCCAACAGAUACUAGAUGCAGCUCUUAUUCAGAUCAUUUACUAAGUUUUUUAUGAACAUUCAAUGUGAUAAUGCUACAAAUCAUUUCAUUCUUAUUUGGAUGACCUAUUCUUCGUUUGCAUUUUAUGUUAUGCAGGAGAGAUCAAAUGGAGGUGCUUGAUCGUUGUGGUGCAAAUAGUUUACUGAGAAUUGAAAUUAUCAUUCUGCUACAGAAGAUUAAUGGAACGAGUUUCAUUGUUGAAGAAGGAGAAAAUUAUCUAGUUCUUGUAAAAUAAUAUAUUUUGUCCCAUAAGACAUGAAAUACACGUGCCAAUUAUACUUUGAACAAAAGUUGAAUAAUUGAUUUUAUUUGUCAGAU